UUAUCGAAUUUGCUAUUAAUAAGUCUUCGCUUAAUUGCCAGCGAUAAUAGCUAAUCAGCGCUGAGGGCUACAUUCACUCUGCUUCUUGCGUUCAGAACAGCGAGAAUGGCCUCUAAAGGAUCAUCGGAAGCACUAGACAAAUCCUUCGAUAUAGCCCGCAAGAGAACCUUUAUGGUAGGAAUAAAUCCAUUUAUACCGGAACGCGAGGUCAACGUGCGAUUCGUGUGUUCCGCGUUACUGAUGGUAAUCGUUUAUAUUUUGUGUUUUUACACCAUAUGGGAGCUGCGUUCGGAUCUGGCAAAAGUUGCAGAAGUAUGCCUGGCUUUGCUAUUGGUUAUGCAGGGCAGCAAUAAGAUCUGGGUCGGAUUCGUACACAAAUCGAGGUACUACCAGUUGUUUCAUGAUACCGCUAUUAUCUACGAAAACUUCGAUGCAGAUGAGAGAAAUCGACCAAUUCUGAAAGAUACCGUGGACAAGUUAGCUCUAGCGCUCAAGGGAAUGGUUCUCCUGUACGGCACAGCCGGCUCACUGAUGAUGAUAUUAGUUGUUUUAGUGUCGGUGGUAACAGGCGAAAAAUUUUAUUUUCUGACACUGUAUAUUCCAUCGGUUGAUUACACAACGACGCUCGGUUUCGUGAUUACUACAUGUAUGCAUAUGAUACUUAUCUCGUAUUGGCUCAAUGGUUAUCUAGCAUCGGAUACAACAUUUAUGUCAAAUAUAAUGCCUAUAAUCGGAUAUGCAAAUUCGUUUCGAAACGAGAUCAUAAAUUUCAACCAGAUGCUACAAGUACCUGAUCGGAACGAAAAAGAGAUUGCUGCUAAACUUGUGCAUAUUUGUCAACUGCAUCAACUCAUCGUCACGUAUGAAGAGAAUGCCAUACAACAUUUCAAGAGUGGUAACCUGAUUCAAGUGGGGUUACAGGCCUGUACUAUUUUGGGUACUGUUUUCAUGUUUUAUAUAUAUCGCUAUUUGCCUGCCCUGAGCAUGAUGGUCGCCGUACUAUUUGAAUUAACACAGUUCUGUGCACUGGGAACAAUCGUAACAGCAAAGAACGAUCAAAUGCUAAUUGAUAUUUACGAAAUAAAUUGGCACUUGUUAAAGAAACCUCAGCAACAAAUUGUAGCCUUCAUGCUAUUCAAGUCACAGAAUGCAAAGGACCUCACUGCGGGAGGAUUUGCUCCACUGAACAUGGUAACCUAUGUGCAGGUUUUGAAAACAAUUUAUACCUUUCUUGCAAUGCUUCUCACUGUACUGGAAUAAGAGAUUAUAUAACUCGAAACGUAUGUUUUAGCAAGUUUGUAGUAAGCACAUUUUUUAGGGAGCACUAAGCGCAAUAAA